GGCGAGCUACUAUUCAGCGCAUGCGCAGUAGCGGCGGGGGCGGCCGUUACAAACCACUGCACCGCGCUGUAACCGCUAUCCCAGUAGAGCUAGUCUUGGAUUUUGACAGGAGGCGUUACAUCGGGAACCUAGGCGAAAGAUAAUACAGAAUGGCGGUGAAUGUAUACUCCACGUCUGUCACCAAUGAGAACCUGAGCCGACAUGACAUGCUGGCAUGGGUGAAUGAUUCUCUCCAGCUCAGCUACACCAAAAUAGAACAGUUAUGUUCAGGUGCAGCAUAUUGUCAGUUCAUGGACAUGUUAUUCCCAGGGUGUAUUUUUCUAAAGAAGGUGAAAUUCCAAGCAAAGCUGGAACAUGAGUAUAUACACAAUUUCAAAGUUCUUCAGGCGGCUUUCAAGAGGAUGACUGUGGACAAAAUAAUCCCAGUGGAAAAGCUUGUAAAGGGAAAGUUCCAGGACAACUUUGAAUUCGUCCAGUGGUUCAAGAAAUUUUUUGAUGCCAACUAUGAUGGAAAAGAGUAUGAUCCUCUUCAAGCUAGACAGGGUCAAGACAUGGCUCCUCCCCCAAAUCCAGGUGAACACUUUUUCCACAAACCCAAGAGAACUGGUCCAGGGCCACAGAGAACGUCACCGACAGUACCCAAAAACAUGCCCACGCCACAGAGGGCGAUGAACACUACUAUCAGGAAGAACCCCAGUCUCGCUCGGAAUGGAGGUGGUGAUGCUGACAUCAUGGAGCUUAAUCAACAGUUAAUGGAACUGAAGUUAACUGUAGAUGGUCUGGAGAAGGAAAGAGAUUUCUACUUCAGCAAACUUCGAGACAUUGAGCUGAUCUGCCAGGAACAUGAGAGCGAGAACAACCCCGUCCUCAGUAGGAUAAUUGACAUCCUUUAUGCCACAGAGGAAGGCUUUGCAGCACCAGAAGAUGAGGACAUAGAUGAGCAGGCCCACUUGGACCAGGAUGAAUACUGAGUUCUCCCUUCCCUUCCUGUCCUGUCUCUCCCUCCCUUCCUCCCUUUCCACGCCCCUAUUCUCCUGCCCUGCUAAACCCGUCCCCCUGACUUUAAUUUUGGAAUUAUUCCUCCAUUGCACGCUGUUGGUAUUUCCUCCAUUACCUCUGUAUCUAUAGAUGCCCUGUAUGUACUAAGUAUCUGUUUGUCUACUCCUACUACAGUUCAUGCACUACACCUCAGAGGCCCAGUACUACCCGCUUCACCCCAAGACAAUAGCAACAGCAGUGAUAUAUCCUAGUCAUCUCAGCAUGUUUUACAUUACGACAUGGAGAAUGAACACGAACAAGGCAUCAGACGUUGAGGGUAGCACAAUGAACUUAACACAGUAAAUGUUAUGUGAUCAGAAAGUAUUUUUGAAGAAAGAUGCAAAAAAGUAUGCUGCCUGGAAUGCAGUUGCCUUAGAUCUCCUGCAUUUUGCGUCAUCGCUCUGUACUUGCUCUGUUCACUAGGGUCAUUCUUAAAAAUCUUUGUUUCUGACAAGCUAGCACAAGAACAAUGAAAAAUACUGUGAAAAUUUUUAUCAACCUGCCACCUUUGGAUUUGCUAUUUGGGGUCUUCUUUGGAUAAAGCAAUUACAAAGAUACAAUAAAGGAAAUGUAGGAAGACAAAAAAAGGGACAUUUUAUGAUGAAAAAUAAUUAAGAAACCAAACACAAAGAAUGUAACAGAUUGUCCUUUUACAAUUUAGUUAGUUACUGUAUCUAAUGGGAGCAUGUGAAUGUUAUAUAUGUAUAGUGAAUGAGUGAUAUAUUUGUAUUUUUUUUAACAGAGCUUUGAUUCAGUUUAAUUGAUUGGAUAUUGCUCACACAGUAUCAACUAAUGAAACAACUGUUGAAAUGGAAAGUGGUAUUUGAUACUAAUCAAAUCAGAACAGUGACACUACUGAUCAAAUGGCAUUUAAUUGAAGUUUUGCUGCUAAUUAUACUGCAUUUCUGUAUUUUAUUUCAUUUAUAAUUUAUUCUGCUAUUGAAUAGCAUGAGCUAGUGUUUUUGUGACUACUUUAUUUUCGGAGUUAAGGCCUAGAUGUGAAGGAACUGAAUGCCAUUUGCUAGAAGCAUUGUGCUGCCUUUACAGUUUGAAUCCUCACCCAUCUGCAUCAGGACUGUUUCACUCACACUUUUUGUCUACAUUUAAAAGUGGACAUGAUAGUGUUUGCAUAAAUAGUUUUGCAUUUUAUUGAGUAAAUAAACAGUUGUAAAAA